GAGUAUUCAAAACAUACACACACACACCCACACCCACACACAUACACACAACAGGAUAUAUAGAGUACAUAAUUGGAUAUAAUGGGUAGUGGUAGUAAUGGUUACGAUGGAAAGAUGAACAUGUACACAAUAUGGAGAGAGAAUACGUAUAUAUACAUAAUCUAAAUCCAAACAUUUUAAAGAUUUUUACAACUGAACACAUUACAUAAAUCAUUAAUUUUUUUUUACUUUUCAACAAAGAAAACAUGUUUGUUGAGAUGGAUAGAUGUAAAGAUUUAUUAUUAUUUAUCAAAUUGGAAGUAAAUUAAAUACAACAACAACAACAACUACUACUACUACUACUACUACUAAUACUAGUAACAUAAGACAAGUAGUGUGUUGGUUACAAUCAUCAUUUUCUCUUUUUUUGGGGGGAAAUCAUUCUCAAAUAUUCUUUUGUAUUAUAUUCAAAACUCCCAUCCCCCGCUUCCCCUCUUCCCCCCCCAAAAAAGUGAAUUCAUAAAUCAAUGGUAUCUUAUAUGUUUAUUUAUGAGAAAUAAAAUUACAUACAGAAGAAUAAAUGACUUAGAGUAUAUAUGAUAUAUUUAUCCUAUUCAUCGUAUAUAUUGUAUCACAUACUGACUCACUUACUUACUUACGCCUGUUACCCCUCAAGGAGGAGCAUAGGCCUCCCACCAGCAAUUGUAUCACAUAGAUUUAUAUAUUUCAUAAUUAAAUAUCUUAACUAUUAGAGAAUUACUUUUGAAGAUAUAAAAUACUAUGGAUGUAUGUAUGCAUGUGUGUGUGUGUUUGUAUGUUUGUACAUGAAGUAUAGUGAAUUGUAAUUGAAGAACAACUGUUUCUUUUAUUGUAUUCCAUUGUGAAUAUCUUAGCUAUUGGAUAAAGUUGAUUUUGCUAAUGUGAAAAGACAUUCAUACAUAGUAGUAUAUACUACUAUUUAUUUACCGAUCAUUGAAUUGUGAACGAUAAAAAAGAACUAAACAACAACAACACCAACUCAUGGAUCUGUUACCAACACUUUAUCCACAUAGAUUAAUGUAUCGAAAUAAUAAUAAUCCUAAUAUGAAUAGUAUUCAUAUUCAUGAAAAUAAUAAAACUAUGAUUGAAAAUUCAAAUCAUAAUGAUGAAGAGAAUGGAUUAUUAUUAACAGAAUAUCAUCAUCCUAAUGUAUAUGAUGAAUUACCUGGACACCUUCAUCAUCUUCACCAUCAACAACAACAACAACAACACCAGCACCAUCCCCAACACCACCAACAACAACAACCAAAAUUAUUUCGUCAAUUAUCUGCUAUUCCUAAUCCAAUUUAUCAUUAUUUACAUUUAUUUUAUAUAAAACGUGUUGAAACAAGACGUAUUACCAUAGCUAAAACAUUACAUGAAAUUAUACAAAUAGCUCAAGAGAUAUUACAUGAAGUUGAAUUACAAGAACCACGUUUUGUUAGUACAUUAAAAGUAAUGAAUACUAAUAAUAAUUUAGAACAGAAACGAGAUGAGAAUGAUACUGAUGAUAAUCCUUUAUAUGGUAAUAUGAAUAAUACCCCACCCGCUACUACUUCAAAUGUAACUAAUAGUCUUAAUACAACGAAUAGUACUACUACCACUAGUACUAAUACUACCAGUACUACUACUGAUACAACGAAUUCCAUGAAUGGUAGUAGUACUAAUAAUAAUCAUUCACACAAUGGAGUUUAUUAUGAUGGUCUACGUGUUUUAUCAUCAAAUCAUUUUGAAAUAACACUAUAUUUAAAUCAAAUGGGUGUAUUUAAUUUUAUAGAUGAUGGUAGUAUCCCUGGUGGUGCUGUAUUAAAAUUAUCAGAUGGUCGUAAACGUUCAAUGUCAUUAUGGGUUGAAUUUAUUACAGCAUCAGGUUAUUUAUCAGCUAGAAAAAUACGUUCAAGAUUUCAUAGUUUAAUAGGACAAGCAAUACAAAAAUCAACAUAUCGUCAUAUUGUACGUAUGUUAGGACAAACAAGUGAAGUUAAACUAUGUAUACAUGAUAAGUAUAUAUUACAAAUUACACCAGCAUUUCGUUGUCAUGGUUUAUGGCCUAGAUCAGCUAAUCAUUGGCCUAUGAAUAAUCAUCAUUUAUAUAAUGAAUUGAAUCCGGAAUUACCAAUAAAAUGGCCAUCAAAUCAAUUAAUGAAUGAAGUGAAAUAUGAAGGAUUUUGUUUAUUAAGUCAAGAGUCAGUAUAUACAAAAGAUAAACAAGCUACAGCUGAAGGUGAUGCAUGGUUAUUAGAUUUUUAUAAUGCAGAAGAACGUUUAUUAAUGAAUCAUACAAUACGUAGACAAUGUUAUAGUAUAUUAAAAACAUUAGCUGAUCGACAUUUAACCGGGGUUCAUGGAGAGACUAAUUUUAAGAAUUCCAAAUCGUCGACGACGUCGUCGUCAGCCUCAUCAACAUCCUCCACACCAAUGAAUAUGAUUCAUUCAGUAAUUCAAGAAUAUGAUAUUAAAACACUUGUGCUACAUGAAUGUGAAAAACAUCCAAAUGAUAAUGAUUGGACUGAAUAUACUUUAGGUGAUCGUAUUAAUAGUAUAUUAUUACAAUUAAUAUCUUGUUUACAACAUCGUAGAUGUCCACAUUAUUUUUUACCAAAUCUGGAUAUAUUUCGUGGAUAUUCUACUGUAGGAAUGGAUAUUACAGCUAAACAAGCAUGGAGAUUAUUAAGAGAAUUAUUAACAUGUCCACAAGCACUUGAAUAUCUUUGAUUUUUUUUAAAAAAGGCGGGUGGGGGGGCGGCAAGAAAGUUACUUUACUUAUUUACGCCUGUUACUCCUCGUCGAGGAGCAUAGGCCGCUUACCAGGGCAAGAAAGUAACAUGAUCAAUAUUCAACAAUUUGUUCAACAUCCAGUAUCCAUGUAUGUAUGUAUAGAAACAUAUAGUACAAGAAAAGUUGAGAACAAUUCUAUGUAAGUAAAUAAUCUUCUUAUCACUUUCUAUGUACACCUACCUAUAUACUUUACCAUUAUUCAUAUUUUAAUGUAUAACCUUGAAUAGUUAUGUAUAAUAGUGAUGAAGCUUUUUGUUUAAACUUACUUACUUACUUACGCCUGUUACUCCCAAUGGAGCAUAGGCCGUCAACUGGAAUUCUCUAACCCACUCUGUCCUGGGCCUUUCAAUUUUCGUUCACUUUUCUUCCUCAUAUCUAUCUCCAUUUCUCAACGUAACGUGCUCUUUGGUCUUCCUCUUUUCCGUUGAUCUUCAAGAUUCCUUGUGUUUGUUUACACUGUUUACUUUCAUGGUUCAAAAUCUUGUUGAAUUUUUUCAAAUGAAUAUAAGAUUUUUUUCUGUAU